AUGAAAAAACCGAAUUUUUACACGCGGACGCCUUUCUACUGUUCGAGGUUUUCUGGCAGUGUUGUGACACAAUUCAUUGGAAACCUCCUCUGCAUUGAGAGUCCAUCUGGUGUUGGAUUCUCGUACAAUGAGGAUGGAAACUAUACGACUGGUGACACUCAAACUGCUGAAGAUAAUUUGGCUGUUGCCAAGGGUUUCUUUGAACUCUUCCCAGAUUAUGCUUCAUCUCCUCUUUUUGUUGGUGGUGGUAUAAUCAUAUGCCGGCAUUAUAAUAAUACCACAAGUAGCACAAUAAAUGGUACAAGAUUCAUCGAUAAACAUUCGUGGUAUUAUGGUGGUAAUCCAUCAUUUAAUUACACUACCGAUGCACAAUACUAUAUGACAUUUAUCCAAAACUUGACAGAUAUUUGCAAAGGUUCAUUCUACCCCGAGUUUCUCUCUCUCUCUGCCAGUUCUAGUAAACAACAACAAACAUUAAAUCAAGAAAAUCAUUUAGAAAGAGAACAAAGAGAACAAUCAAGGUUAAAUGGUCGCAUAUAUGAAUUAGAUGAAAUCAAUACAUUUGGUGAAACUCAUCUUUAUUUUCCUCAACCUUCAAUCUUCAUCUGCACUUCAUCUUCUUCAUCUUCAUUUACUUUGUCAAACAAACAAUUAAAAUAUGUAUUAGAUUAUAGUCACAAAAACUUGACUAAUACAUAUUCAACUCGUUGGAUGGUGCAUAUGACUUUUGUUUCUCUGAUAUUCAACAAUGCUUUGAUAUUCGAAUAG